AUGGAAUAUAAAUAUAAACUCGAAUCUUCUGACGAGGAUGUUAAAGUGAUAAAGACGGAGAGUCCCAAUCGGAAACGGCGGAAGACUUCUGCUAGUAUUGUAGAUUUAACAAACUCCCCCAGUCCACCCCCUGUGAGAUCCUGGGAACCAGCAGCUGAGGGGCAAAGAACACGUCGACGCAGUGCUACACAACGACGAGUUUCUGGAGAAAGUAGUCGGGCCAGAAGAAGUCCUGGAACUCGACGAAGAACAACUAGAGAAAGAAACCCUACAAGAAGUACAGAAUCUCCCGAAAGGAGAGCGUUUCAACCUCCAAAUGUGAUGGGUAGACAGAUUCAUCCAGCCUCUGUUUUACCCAGUCACAGCCAACAUCAACCUCAACCCAAUCAGCAGCAGCAACAACAGCAAGCACCUGUUAUCAUUGAUGUAGACCAGAUUCCCGUAACAACACCUGUUACCAUGGCACCAUAUGCCUUCCCAGUAUGCACUGGACCUCAUCAUCUACCAGUGUGUAGUACUGGUCAUGUACCAAUGUGUAACACACAGCCCACUUGGUCCAUCCCUUGUACAGUACAGUUACCCUCUUGUGGGGUCCAGCAUUUCCCAGCCUGUCUUCAACAAGUGCCAUUACCUCAAUCUCUGCCACCCACCAUGUUACAUCACCCCACACAACCCACCCCUCAACAUAUUCAUCCCCAACAUUAUCCCCUGCCUCCACCCUACUAUUCAGGAAGAACACCCUCAGUUCAGGAGAAUGACGUCCAACUGUUAGAGCAUCAUCCAAACUAUCCCCUCCCCCCACGAAUUCAUCCUCACAAUCUACCUACAUUGAACCCCUCGCCACCAAUAUUUCUACAGGAGCCUACAGUUCAUCCUACACCUCAUGAUUUAUACGGUCCAUAUUCUCGCUAUUAUGCAAGAAGAACUAUGGCAAGAAAUCGACUCAGACCACAACCACCUCCUCCAUACCCAGGAUUCUUGUUACACUUCCUGGCUAUGUUAAGCAAUCCGCCAGUACCACCGUACGGAAGAGACCAUUCUGAUGAGGCAAGUGAUGUUGAAAAUUAUGAGGCAUUAUUGAAUCUAGCCGAACGAUUGGGUGAAGCCAAACCACGAGGGUUAACUAAAGCUGAAAUAGAUCAGCUUCCAGCUUACAGAUUCAACAGCGAAACACGACGAUCAGAUUUAGACAUGACAUCGUGUGUUGUGUGUAUGUGUGAUUUUGAAAAUCGGCAGUUAUUACGUGUAUUACCGUGUAGUCAUGAAUUCCAUGGUAAAUGUGUUGAUAAAUGGUUAAAGAGACAACUGACCAAUAGAACAUGUCCUAUAUGUCGAGCAGACGCUUCAGAAGUUGGCAGCCAAUCAGAUUAA